AUGAUCACAUUCGUCCCUCUCUCGGUGCCCUACGCCACCGGACCCGCCGCGCCUGCUUCGGCAGCGGCGGGAAAGUCGAAACGGGGCGCGCGAACCAAGCUUGAAUCCACCGAGCAAGAGCAGGAACAUCCGCGUGCCCUCGCCUACCUGCUUCAGAUGGACGAUGUGCGCGUCCUUAUCGACUGCGGAUCCACCGAGGACUUCCUUUUUCAUGGUGACGCCGCAUCGGAUGCUGAACAACCAUCAUCACCGCAGCAGAAUGGACAGCCCGAGUCAUCGUCAAUGGCACAACAGCGACAAGCUGCUGACCUCGACAUUAGCCAUCUCAAGGCAGCGUCGCUCGACACUUUACUUCGCCAGCUAGCACCCACGAUCGACCUCGUCCUCCUCUCUCACUCAUGCCUCGAUCACUUAGGUCUCUAUGCUUAUGCCCACGCCAAGUUGGGCCUCCGCUGCCAGGUCUACGCAACGAUGCCCGUCCAGAGCAUGGGCAAGCUCACCGUCCUCGAAGCCAUCCAGACAUGGCGCAACGAAGUCGACAUCGACAAAGAGCCCACCAACGGCUCCACACGCCGCUGCCUCGCUACCGCAGACGAAGUCGAAGACGCAUUCGAAGCGAUCAAAACCGUCCGCUACAUGCAGCCCACCCACCUUGAGGGCAAAUGUGCCAGUCUCACUCUCACCGCCUACAACGCAGGCCACUCGCUCGGUGGUGCAGUCUGGAAGAUCCGCAGUCCCACCUCUGGCACCGUCGUCAUUGCUCUCGAUUGGAAUCACAAUCGAGAACGACAUCUCGACGGCACCAUCUUGCUCUCCUCGUCCUCCGGCCCUGGCGCCCCCUCCUCAGGCAGCGGCUCCGACGCGGUCCGCCGCCCAGACCUGCUCAUCACCGAGAUCGAGCGCGGUCUCGUCGUCAACACCCGUCGUAAGGAUCGUGAUGCCGCCCUCAUCGAUCUCGUGCACACCACCAUCCAAGCAGGCAACUCGCUCCUCUUCCCCAUCGACGCCUCUGCGCGACUGCUCGAGCUCAUGGUGCUGCUCGACCAGCACUGGGCGUACGCCUACCCGCACGCCCGUUUCCCGCUCUGCCUCAUCAGCCGCACGGGCAAGGAGGUCAUCGAGCGCUCGCGUACCUACAUGGAGUGGAUGACGCGCGAAUGGGCUACCAAGGCCAACGAGACCAUUGAAGCCACUCAAGAUCAGAAACGCAAUCCCCAGCAGCGCGGCGCUAGGAACGCAGUCGCAUCCAGCCCGCUCGACUUCAAGUACGUCAAGGUGUUUUCGAGCGUGCAGGCGAUGGAUGAGGCGAUCCCGCAGGACCAGGCGAGGGUGGUGCUUGCCGUGCCACCGUCCAUGACCCACGGCCCGUCGAGACGAUUGUUGUCGCGCUUCGCGUCGAAUCCGAACGACGUCGUUGUGCUCAUUGGGCGGGGUGAACAGGGGAGUCUGUGCCGGCAGCUGUGGGACGCGUGGAAUGCCAAUCAGACCAAAGGGUUCGCCUGGACCGCUGGCAAGCUCGGCCACCCCGUCGUACCGAACACGAAACUUCGAUUCGAACUGCAGAGCAAGGUCCCCCUGGAAGGUGAAGAGCUGCGCGCGCAUCUCGAAGCCGAGCAAGCGGAACGCGAUCGUCUGGCCCAGCAACGCGCCCUCCUCGCGCGCUCCCGUCGCCGCCUCGAGGCGGACGAGGACGAUUCCGAUUCCGACUCGGACUCGGACGUCGACGCUGAGAACGACGAGGCCGUGUACGACGUGGCGACCACCACCGCCGAACCAGGCGGUGCGCUGCGUAAGCGACCCUACGGCGUAGCGUUCGCCGAACCCCCUGCCGGAGGAAUGGGAGACACCAACCAGUUGAGCUACGACAUCUAUCUCAAAGGAAACGCUUCGCGCGCCACGUCCUUUUUCGGCUCCUCCUCCACCGAGGGUCCCUUCGGUCUGGGUGUGCGCUACCGUCUGUUUCCCGCAAUCGAGCGCAAGCGCAUGGUGGACACGUUUGGGGAGGUUACCGAUAUCGCCCGUUGGUUGUCGCGUCGACGAGCGGUGGAAGCGGCCGAGACGGUCGAUCCGCUCUCUGCCGAUGCAGCGUCGGCCGCCGAGGCGGCGCGGAAGAAGAUGGUUGCUGAAGAAGCGGCGAGGGCAGCAGCGAUUCCGUCCAAGUACAUCACCGAGGACGUGACUCUCAAGCUCAGCUGCAGGGUGGCGUUCAUCGAGAUGUCCGGGUUGAACGACGGGCGGGCGUUGAAAACGCUCAUCCCUCAACUGCAUCCGCGUCGGUUGGUCAUGGUCAACGGUGACACGCGCACCAAUGAGGAUAUGACCGCCGUGUUGGGCGCGAUCAAGUCGCUGACGGCCGAAGUCUACGCCCCUCGAUGGAUGGAGAGCGUGCAAAUCGGUCAAGUGACCAACGCGUUCACUGUGCAACUGGGCGAAGCGCUGCUGUCGGGAUUGCAGUUGAGUCGGUUCGAGGAGUUUGAAGUGGCGCAUGUGCGGGCGCUCGUUCGACGAUCUGCCACCGAGGACGAGGUGACGGUGCUCGAGAGCGAGUCUGCUAUCGCCGCCGCAGAGGAUGGCGAAGAGUCUGGCUCGAAGGUGUUGACCGAUCUCACGGAGUCCGGGAUUGUGCGAUCCAUCGAGUCGACGGUGCAAGCCUCCCGCGUCGCCGUUCCAGGGGCAGGUGACGUGGGAGGAACGCUCUUUAUUGGCGAUCUCAAGCUGUCGACGCUCAAAUCGCUGCUCGGCCACCCGCCGUACAGACUCAAUGCGGACUUUGCAGGUGAGGGCAUGCUCGUUUGCGCUCCGGCGGGGGCCAAGGCGGGUACGUUGGGUAGCGAGGCGGUGACCGUGCAGAAGCGGGGCAAGGGGCGCAUUGUUGUGGAAGGAAAUGUGGGGAAGUCCUUUGGGUUGGUCAGGGGCGCGGUGUACGGAUUGCAUGCGAGGGUGGCCGGCGGAGCUGCUGCGGGGACAUCGAGUGCGGAGGCUGCGGAGGAGGCGUAG